AUGACAAGGUGGAAACCCAUAUCUCUGACAACCGUGACGUUUGAGAAAGGCUGGUCUGAAGGGUUGUGUAUCUGCAAAAAAACACGACUUCAUCCACAGAAGAAGAAAAAGAGACAUGAGUGGGUAAAAACUCACAAAAACUGGACUAAUGAUGAUAGAAACAAGUUUGAACUGUUUGGUUCCAAACUCAGAGUCUAUGUCUGCAGACAAACUGGUGAACGUCUGAAAGCUCCAUGUGUUACACCCACAAUUCAGCAUGGAGGUGGUAGUUCAUGGUAUGGAGAUGUUUAUCAGGUGAUGGAGUAG